CCUGAAGACUUGACCGCAGCCAAGUGUUACUCUUAUCUGUGUGCCUGUCGUGAAACGUGCUUUACUUCCUGACGGUGAACAUGACAUGUAUUUUAAGCUAUUGAUUUGAAAUUGUCUUAAAUAAUAUUUAAGACAAAAUAUUUAUUAUCGUUUUAAGCCGUCUCUAUCAGAAUAAACCGUCACCUCUGGCCGUCCUCGUUGCCACAGCGGUAACUUUAGCUCAACGUGCUGUCAUCAUGUGGGUUUUUGGUUACGGGUCCUUGAUUUGGAAAGUCGACUUCCCUUACGAGGAGAAGAGGGUUGGUUACGUAAAAGGAUUCAGCCGUCGGUUUUGGCAGGGCAGCACGGACCACCGAGGAGUACCUGGGAAGCCGGGUCGGGUGGUCACUCUGGUGGAGAAUCCUGAGGGGUGUGUUUGGGGCGUUGCCUACAAGCUGCCGACGGGCCGAGAGCAGGAAGUGAAGAGCUACCUCGACUACAGAGAAAAAGGUGGUUACCAGGUCAUCACUGUGGCUUUCCACCCCCGUCCACCACCCACCUCCUCGCCUGACCAGACGCUGCUCUACAUCGGCUCCCAGGACAAUCCCGACUAUCUGGGCCCUGCGCCUUUGGAGGACAUAGCCCACCAGAUCAUCAACUCUACCGGGCCAAGCGGGAAAAAUACGGAGUACCUGUUCCAGCUGGCUGAUGCUGUGAGGACUAUCCUACCCGAGGACUCGGAUACACAUUUGUUUUCUCUUGAAACUUUAGUGAAAGAGAAACUACAAAAUUAGACAUAAACAUUCCAAAUAAAUUAGCAGAAUUACAUGAAUAAUAAGACUCUAAUUACUCAUUCAUUGACUGGUUGGAUUUGUUUGAUCUCAGGGCUUAAGAUGUAAAAUGUAAAUCAGGGCUUUUGUCUUUAACAGAAAAGAGUUCGUUUAUUCGUAUCCCGUUGCAAAGAAAUGGACCAUUUUGUUCGUCAAAAUCAAACCAAGCUUGUAAUAUUUAAUAUUUUUUUGUAGGUUUAUGAUCAAAUUUCUGCAGAAAUGGAUCCCACAGUCCUCAUCUGUUGUGUGUUAGAAUUGUAACACAUUGUCAUGAUGGAUGUCGGUAUUUAACCAGUUACACUUAACCACGUUAAGAUUGUAAUGUAAAGUUGGCACUUGGUUCAAGGCUCUGUUAAGAGUUUGCACUUUACAGAUCAGAUAUAAAUCCUGCCUCUUAUAAUGCCUUGUUUGAAUGAAUUGAUUUAAAUCAAUUACACCGCAUUUCUAAAGCGUAACAAGUUUAGAAUAAUAAAGCCUGUCCUACUCAAGCACCUUGUUUUCAGGAGAUGGUCACAGUUCUCUGAAAAGCCUCUAAUUGACAGAGGUUAUCAUCAUCACACCACUCUAUUUACCGUUUCUCACAGAAUGUACUGUUUACUCUCGACUGUACUCAACACUCACUAUCUGUGCCAGUGAAUGCGUCAACAUCAGCAGCGCCGCAUCAGCAAAGAUCAACUUGCAGAAUAAAGGAGUGGAAGCUUCAUCUGAUCUUGUUUUUUUUGUUUCUUUUUUAAAACAUGA